UUACUUUACAGGACUUCAUUAUGUUAGUAUCAAUCCUUUUAUUCACCAGUCUUUCUACACUUGUGAUUGCAUUAGACAAUGGGCUGGCUUUAACACCAACAAUGGGAUGGAGAAACUGGGAAAGAUUUAGGUGUGAAGUGGACUGUGAAACAUACCCAAAUGACUGUAUCGGUGAAAGAUUAUUUAUGGAUAUGGCCGAUGCUAUUGUAGCUAGUGGAUUUAAGGAUGCAGGGUACCAGUAUGUCCUUCUAGAUGAUUGCUGGCCAGCUCCACAUAGAGAUUCUUCAGGAAGAUUACAAGCAGAUCCAAAAAGAUUUCCUCAUGGGAUUAAAGCACUGGCUGAUUAUAUCCAUUCUAAAGGUCUAAAGUUUGGUAUUUAUGAAGACUUUGGUAAGAAGACAUGUGCUGGUUAUAUAGGCAGUGAGUUCUAUCUACAGACAGAUGCCCAGACCUUUGCUGAUUGGGGAGCAGACUUGGUUUUCUUUGAUCACUGUAAUGCUGCAGCUAAGGAUAUGAAAUAUGGUUUCCCUAUUAUGGAGUUUUUCUUGAACAAAACUGGCAGACCAAUGAUAUUCACUUGUCCUUGGCCUAUGGAUAACAGAAUACAGCAUAUUAAGCCAGAUUUCCCUGCUAUAAGAAAAACUUGUAAUAUGUGGAGAAUUUACAAUGAUAUUGAAGAUUCCUGGGACAGUGUGAUAGGGAUAAUUAACUGGUGGUCUAAAGACUGGUACAAUAUGUCUGCUUAUCAUGGACCUGGAGGAUGGAAUAACCCUGAUAUGAUAGUUGUAGGUAACUUUGGGUUGAGUCCUGAUCAGGAAAAAGUACAUUUUGGGAUGUGGUGUAUAUUUGCUGCACCAUUGCUACUGGCUAAUGACUUAAGAAGUAUAAACAAUCGGUCCAAGGCUUUGCUACUGAACAAAAGACUACUUGCUAUCAACCAGGACCCCUUAGGAAUACAAGGAAAACCAAUUCAAAUGGGUGAUGUCCAAGUGUGGACCAAGCCUAUUCUACCAAAAGGAAGCAAAGCUGUAGCUGUCGUUUACACAGUACAAGGAGGCAACUUUAUACGAGUCAAAUAUCCCCUAGAAUUCUAUGGAUUAGAUGCUGGAGAAUACCAUCUAACAGAAGUAUUUGAAGGUCAUGAUUUAGGACAACACAAUAAAUCCUCUGUUAUAAGUUUUACUGUAAAUCCUACUGGUAUAUAUAUGUUUACAGCUAAACCUGUGAAUUAAUUGUAUGUGUUUUCAUGCUGUUCAGUAUAUUUAAUCUCUGAUAUCAACAUAUUAUUUAUGCGAGUACAAAAUUGAAAUGUAUAAUUCAUUUUUUACAAAAGUAUUUUCAGACUCCUUAUUUAACCGGAUUUUCAAAGAAAAUUUUGAUAUGUUGUUUCCUGUAACUAAAUGAAGGUCAAGUUCAAUUUUCACGACUUUAGCUUUUCUCGUUCUUGAAUUUUGGACCCUUUUAGAAACCAGAAAUUUACUUAUUAUGUGAUUGAGUUAUUUCCCUUCGAACAGAAAUUAAUAAGUUUAUGUAUAGCUGAGAUGUAUAGAUAGUCUAUCAAUGAUUGUAUCUGUUCAAUUGAUUAGUCAGGAGUUGUCAAAAAUUUCUUUAUAACUAUUUUUUUUUAAGUCAUGUGUGUUUUGAAGGUAGAUGCCACAGUUGUUAUGUGGUAUUUUAUUUUUGUUGUUUGUGUUAAUGUUAAAUUUUUACUUGAUCUUGUUUGGGUGUCCAGAUUUGCAAAUAUCAUUUUCAUUAGAUGAUAAUCUAUUUUUAUUAAAGGAUAUAUUUCAUUACAUUACAUUGUGAAGAUAAAGUUGUUGACAUUGAUAGAUAAGUUGCAGAUAAGAUAUUAGUUUGUGACAAAUGAAAGAAAAAAUGUUUGGAACUAUUAAUUAUAUUUAAUUAUAAUUUGAAAACAUCAUAUCUAAUUUUAGAGAACAUUUUUUUAGUGGUGAAAUCAUAUCUAAUUUUAGAUUUGCAUUACUGGUUCAUGGAAACAAGUUUGAGUUAUUUCCAUUUGAACAGAAAUUGUUUUAAUAAGUAUUUCAUCAAAAAUUGAAUGUUUGUGGUUCUUUGAUAAGCUGAUUCUAACAAUGUACUUAGAUUUUGGAUAUUGGACCAUAAUAUGUAAAUGUCCAAUUUUAAAAUUUUUAGUUCUUUGACCACAUUUAUUUUGUGUCACAAACCUAUGCUGUAUCAAAUAUUCAAUCACAAUCCAAAUUUAGAGCUGUUUUAAGCUUAAAUGUUGUGUUCGACCUCUGCAGGAAAAUCUGGUUUGCUGUCACUCUGACAGCCUUUUGUUUCAUAUUACCAUAGAUUUUAACUUGAUUGAGGAAAUCAAAAGUUUUCUAAAAAAAAAUCUCUAGAGCUUGUUGGUUAUAUACAUUUAUUUAAUUUUUUAUGACAGCUGUGCUUUAAAUACAAUCAAAAGAAAUCAUGUUGUUUUUGUACAAUUAAUCAUUCCUGUCUACAUUUUACUCAGUUUGCUACAAUUUAUACAUUCCAAAAUAUAUAUUAAAUCAAAUGUUUGAGUAAUGUCAAUUAGGCAUAACAUAUUGAUGAUAACUGUUAUAUUUGUUCAUAAAAUGUAAAUGUUCAUGUUGAAACAGACAUAUAGUUGUUAAGUUCUGUGUUUGUGUUAAUUUCUGUGUCAUUUUCUCUUGUGGAGAGUUGUCUCAUUGGCAAUCAUACCACAUCUUCUUAUUUGUAUAUUAGUCUGACAAAAGUUUUGCCACUAACAUCAUGAUUCAUUUUUUGAACACACAUGGGUUUAUGUGUCAAACCACCGAUUCACCCGCUCCAAUUUCAAAUAAAUGUUAAAGUAGUCCUACUCUGACAGAAAAUAGUACUUUGUUGUUGUUUGCUUAAACUAGCGAAUGAUGUUACAUAAAGGUAACUUUUUCUGAUUCAGAAAUAUAUUUUGAUCAUUUUUCACCCAUAUUUACUUGGGCAUUAAUGAGUAAUACAGUUUUAGGAUAGGUGUGCUCAAUAAUAUUCUUAUGAAGAUUUUCAAUGAUCCAACAUGCUAUUUUUAGUAGUAGGGGACUUCCUAAACACCAUGUGUCACUACAGGACUUUCAACAUUGGUUGAAAAUUGGUAUGUAGAAAGUUGAUGCAUGUAUAGAUUGAGAUAUACAUGGUUUGCAUGAAGUUAAACUUAAGUAAAAUAUUUAGAGUUGUGAAAAUUGAAAAAUUUUGUUGAAUAUACAGGGAUUUUGAAUUGGUGGUCUGAUGCCUAUAGCAAGAAUUAAACUUAGUUUUGUCUCAACUCCUUGGUGAGAUGUUUUUUUUUUUGCAGUGUUUGGUACCGGUAUAGUUAGAGUGUUACUUGAGUAAUGAUAAUUUGCUUGAAUUUUUCUAUUUGUUAGGACUCCUGGAGGAACAGUAUGAUUAUGCAUAAUAUUUUAAGCAGAUAAACAGUAUCUACAUAUUUUUUGGAAUUGUAUCUCAAGUUUAUACACACAUAUAUAUAUAUGAUUUAUGUAUUUGACCUAGUUUUUAUUUAUAAUAUAUCUUUAUUGAUUUUU